GAGGUCAUCGCGAUCGCGGCGGACUCGUGGAUCACGACCGCGGGGCUCAUGUACGUCAUCGAGUACUUCCACCUCGCGCACGGGAUGGAGUGGUACGCCGCCAUCGCCGCGGCGACGUGCGUCAUGCGCGUCUGCGCGUUCCCGCUCACGAUAAUGCAGCAGAAGAGCGCGGGGAAGAUGCACCUCGCCAAGCCGGAGAUGACCGCGCUGCAGGAGAGCAUCAACGAGGCGAGGAGAGCGGGCGAGCACGAGCGCGCGGCGAGACUGGGGCGCGUGUUCGCCAUCUGGAGUAAACACGACGUGCACCCGGCGAAGAUGCUCGCGCCUUUGCUCUUCCAAGCCCCGGUGUUCAUCUCCUUCUACUUCGCGAUCAGUCGAAUGGCGGAGGGUUUGCCGAGCAUGCGCGACGGCGGAUUCGCGUGGUUUCAAGACCUCUCGAUCGCGGACCCCACGUUCGCGUUGCCGAUCAUCUCCUCGCUCACGUUUCUCGCCGCCGUCGAGUUCGCGCCGCAGAACCCGGCCGUGAAGUCGUCGCAGCGGGAGAUGACGAAGUGGGGGCUGCGAGCGCUCGGGGUGGCGAUGGUGCCGCUCACCGCGAGCUUCCCGUCCGGGGUGUUCGUGUACUGGAUCACGAGCAACGUGUUUUCGUUCGCGCAGACGGUGUUGUUGCGCGUGCCGUUCGCGAAGAGGGCGAUGGGGAUACCGGAGGAUCCGCCGCCG